CCGCCCUGCUUGGCUACAGAGCCUCUCUUACGCUCUUCCAUGAUCCCCGCGGCCCUUCGGAGGCGCUCGCUUGCAUGAGAACAUGAGGACGGCCGUCCUCUUUGGCCGUUUCUGUCGUCCGACGCAGCUACUGUCCCGCUUUGCUCCGCCGUCGCGAUUACGCUUUGCCCGUCCGCCAACAUGGCCACGAAGACAAUUCAACGAAGAUGGUUAUUCGGGGUAUUCGAGAAAGGCCCCCGUGGCCAGGACGGUGCUACUGGCUGCCUUGACUCCAGGUGCCUUCCUGGAGCUGGCAGAGGAGGGGGAUUCGAGUGAGAAAACCGGGGAGUUACAUAUGCUGGAAGCGUCGCGCGCGGAAGUCCAGACUGGUGUUUCGAAGGAUGCGCGGGGGCUGAAGAGGCUCCGUCAGCGGCUUUAUGUUUGGUUGUAUUGUUAUAUUUAUGAUCCGAUUGCGACCGGGUUUCGAUUUGUGCACUUGAUGUUCAUCUUUAUGCCGGUCAUUCUCACAUUUCCGGUGGCUUGGUUUGGGAAACGACUGGAGGAUCGCAGUGAGGAACGGGCAGGGACAUUAUGGUGGUUCCAAUUUUUGGUUCGGGCAAUGGAGCGUGCUGGUCCGGCGUUUAUCAAGCUCGGGCAAUGGGCAGCAUCACGAACCGAUAUAUUCCCUCCAGAACUAUGCAGUAUUAUGUCCUCCCUCCAUUCCAAUGCACCAGCACAUCCGUUACAUGCGACCAAGAAGACCAUAAGGAAAGCUUUCAAUGGGAUGCCGUUCGAGGACAUCUUUGAAGAGUUCCAGGAGGAGCCCCUCGGUGUAGGCGCAAUUGCGCAGGUAUACAAAGCAAGACUGAAGCGAAGCUUGGCUUCUGAGGAUAAGGAUAUCUCACAGGAACCCGAGAGUCUGCGAGGUAAAGUCAGAAAGAACGUUGAUGUGCUGGUGAAGAGCUCGCCUAAACGGGUCCCAUCUUCAUAUGUGGCUAUCAAGGUGCUUCAUCCAAAGGUUGAACGGGUCAUUCGGAGGGAUUUGAGAAUCAUGUCUUUCUUCUCGUCCUUGAUCAACGCCAUCCCUACAAUGCACUGGCUGUCUUUGCCAGACGAAGUUGCACAAUUUGGGGAGAUGAUGAAGUUACAAUUGGAUCUUCGGAUCGAGGCGUCCAACCUCGCCAUCUUCCGUGAGAAGUUCAAGUCGCGCACCACUGCUUGGUUCCCAUUCCCAUACUUGGAUUACAGUACCCGGGAGGUGCUGGUGGAGGAGUUUGCCCAGGGAAUCCCGCUGUCAACCUUCAUGGAGCUUGGUGGAGGUGUCUAUCAGCAGGAAAUAGCAAGUGAAGGGUUGGAUGCGUUCCUUCACAUGCUGCUGAUCGACAACUUCAUCCACGCGGACUUGCACCCGGGCAACAUCAUGGUCCGGUUCUACCAACCGAGUGAGCUAGAUCUCUCCCUUCGAAAGAGCACCCGGGCGUCGGAAGCUCCGACAAAGGCCGAGGUCGAUGUGACGGAAAAAGUGCUCAAACGUCUAAGACCGCAUUUAAAGGAUGCGCAAGACUGGGAGAACGCACUCAACCAGCUGAAUGCUGAAGGCUACCGCCCACAAUUGAUCUUCAUCGAUACUGGACUCGUGACACAGCUCAAUGAAUCAAACCGGCGGAACUUCCUUGAUCUCUUCCGUGCAGUCGCAGAGUUCGACGGAUACAGAGCAGGCCAGCUCAUGGUCGAACGAUGCCGGCAACCAGACGCAGUUAUUGACCCUGAGGUCUUUGCGUUGAGAAUGCAGCAUUUGAUCCUGAGCAUCAAGUCUCGGACAUUCGCGCUUGGUAAUAUCAAGAUUGGAGAUAUCCUCAGCGAGGUUCUGUCCAUGGUAAGGGGUCACCACGUCCGACUCGAGGGUGACUUUGUGAACGUGGUUAUCUCAAUUCUUCUCCUUGAGGGUAUUGGGCGUAGUCUCGACCCGGAUCUGGAUCUCUUCAAGCGUGCACUCCCUCUUCUACGCGAACUCGGAUCCAGUGCUUCAUUCAUGCAAUCCGUACGCUCGGGCGACACUUCUAUGCUACGCGUGUGGGUUGGUCUUGAGGCACGCACGUUGCUCCAGGCCAGUAUUGAAAGUGUCGAGAAUUGUGUCAAGUAUGACCUGUUGUCGCCGAAUAUCUGAUGAAGUGAACGCAAAGGAAACAUCAAAGGUAUGUUGUGUGUCUGUUCGCCGCCAUGAUAUGAGAGUGGUAGAUUUCUCUCCUCGGGAAUAGAUGAAGCAACACUAUGUUCUGAAUUAUAGAUUAUGGAUUGAAUAAUUGUGACAAUAUGGUGUAUUUUCUUUGCAGAUGCUGGAUGCUGCAGGUGUAUGAGUAUGAUUUUUUUCCAGUUAGGCAUAUGGUUUACUAGCGAUAGAAUAUAAAUAUCUAUAAUACAAAAACCCAUGG